CAGGGGCAACCACAGCUUCUCUGGGCAACCUGGGCCAGGGCCUCCCUACCCUCACAGGGAAGAAUUUCCUCCUCACAUCUGGUGUGUUUUGAGGUGCAAAAUUCACUUCCCAAAGCCGAGGUGCAAGUUUGACCCUCGCUGUGGCUGGAGGUAGGAAAAGCAUGGGAAUGCUGGGGAUUCCGAGGGACUGAUGGAAUGCCCUGGGCUGGCUCAGCUGCACACAGAAAAGCUUUGUUACCUUCCCAGAAUUGUGCUCUGACCUGGCUUUAGGGAGCAGGGGCUGAGAGGAAAAGAGAUUGGAAGGUGUCAAACCUGGUUUAUAUUUGUCACGUCCAACAGUGAAAGGUUUUGUGCCUUUAGUGCAGCAGGUUUUGUUCCACAUAAAAAUCUGAUGCCUAAUUUGUGAAGAAUAAUUUUUUGACAAACCUGUAGCCCCACACUUUUAAAUUGUUUUCUUGGACCUUUUAUUGUUCUACCUGUUCAAUCAGAAAAGAUGCUUAGAAUGUCAACCCCAGCUCCAGAAUCCUUUGGUUACUCAGAUGAGAUAAACCUUGUCUGUCUACAGGUCAGAAUGUACUUACAUGUUGUUCUCUAUCACAUCUCAUAUCCCUUUUAAAGUUCAUAGAUGAGCAUUAAUACAGGUCACUGAAAUGAAAACAUCAAUGAACAGAGAGCAUUUUCCUACUUUUUCAGUACUUUGGAGAAAAAAAAUAAAUUAUAGAUUAAGAAAACUUAAGAAAAUAUAUAUUUUAAAAGGAGGCAAGGAAACCAGUGGCAGUUUAAUCCAGUAGGAUCUCACUUGGUCCAGGUUGCUUUGUAGGAAUUCAGUGGGUUUUCUUCUUCAGAGUUUUGUAAGAGCUCCUCUUACAUUUUUAGCUCUAUUGUAUGAACUGUUGCAUAAACUUAUUUUACAAGACUGUUACUUCCUCAAAGCAUUGCAAGAGAAAAGCAAAAAUGCAAUCCUGCUGCAGACAAAAGAGGAGGAGGAGGAUGGAAAGAUGAGAUUAAGGAGGAGGAAAGUUCCCAGGAAACAAAUGACAGGAUGAGAGAAAAAUAGCAUCAAGUUGAGCCAGGGGAGUUUAAGGUUGAAUAUCAGCAAAACUUUCUUCACCUGAAAGGUUGUCCAGUCCUGGCACAGCUGCCCAGGGCAGUGGUGGAGUCCCCAUCCCUGGAGGGAUUUAACAGACAUGUAGAUGUGGCACUUGGGGACAUGGGUUAGUGAUGGCCUUGGCAGUGCUGGGGAAAUGGUUGGACUUGUUGAUCUUGGAGGUCUUUCCCAACCUUAAGGAUUCUGUGACUCUGUGAUUCUCUAAACCCGCUCUCCUUCAGCUUGAGGUCAUUGCCCCUUAUCCUGUCACUCCAUGUGCUUGCCCAGAGUCCCUCUCCAGCUUUCUUGGAACUUCUUUAGAUACUGGAAAGGGCUCUAAGGUGUCCACAGACCCUUUUUUCUCCUCCAGACUGAACCAGCCCAGCCUGUCUCUGCAGCAGAGAUGCUCCAUCCCUCUGAGAGUCUCCGUGGCCUCCUCUGACUCGCUCCAACAGGUCCACGUCCUUCUUGCACUGGAGGCCUCAGAGCUGGAUGCAGCAAAAUUGGGGUGUCAUGAGAGCAGAGCCUUUUUUUCAUGUGUUCGUUUCAUGUGUGUGCCAGAGGAGCUCUGGGCUGCAGACUCUGGUGGCCCCCAUUGUUUGCACCCCAGGGUUCCAUGCAAACCACUUUUGGAUCUGCACAGGGCCAUGAAACACCCCACCAGUUCAGUUUUAGCAAAGUCUGUAGGACACAAAAGAGGUAAUUUUUUUGGCAGUGCCCUUCGUAAAAUAUUUUGCGGUUGGAACAAACGGGAGAUGUAAAAAGCUUUGAGAUGAUUAAAAUAUGUGAUUUCUGGCUCACAUCAGAGAGAAAAGUCAAGUAUAACAUCUUGCAAAAGGACUUCCUAUAAAACCAGAAAGAUUUGUUUUGAUGCAAAACAACUGGAUGUUGUUCAAAAUGACCUCUAGAGCAGAGUUUGGUUCAAAUUCAGUUGGGAAGCUGCUUUGCAAGGAGAGGAACAGGCUCCCUGAAUCCAUAACAUUUCAACCUGUACUUGUUUGCUCCUCAGCAGAGAUUUAAGCAAGAUGCUUAUGGAUAGGAAGAAGGAGGGCACUGAUGUGAUUUGGGGGAGUCUACACAGAACACUCCUGGUCAGAAGGCAGAGAUCAAAUUUCCAUGAAAUCUACAGCUCUAGGGAUUGUGAACUUGUGUUUUCAGAUGGAAAGACAGGUACAAUUCUUUAAGAAGGGGGAAGGUGGAAAUGGCCCCAUCCUACUGCUCUGAAAUAGUGGUUGGUGGGCCUGUGGGUUACUGGGGUGAGUAACUGAUGCAUUAAACUCUUCUCACCAGGUUAAUUUAUGGAUAUGUGCAAUAUUUUUGUCACCGUGACCUUUUUGGGUUUGCUUUGACAAUUUUUCUCUCUCUGAAAAUUUAGGUUCAUAGCCUGAUGUGCAGCGCAUUAAUCUGUUUACAAGGAUAAAUGAGUGAACACUGUUAUUGUUUGGAUCUCUUUCAUGUAAAAGGAGAGGAGGACAGAACAGCCCCCUUCUCACCUCAGCAUGCCCUACUGACCCAGCUUCAAAGAUGUGACUCAUGGCACCUCCAGCACAAAGAUCAGGAGUAGUUUCUGGGUCGAUGCAAGAGCCCCACAGGACACAAGGAAGAUGAGGAUGGGAGGAACCUGGCUGGGUCUGCCCCUGGGACACCUGCUGGCUCUGGGACACAGGCACAAAUGGAGAACCAUGGUGGAUUUCAGAAAGUUCAGGCUGUUUUUUUGCCUCCUCGGGCUCAGCUGUGGCAGCUUCUGGUUUUUUUACAACUGGACCGAGUUCUGCGUGUUCUGUGAGAACAACCAAGGUUACCUGUUCCCCACAGAGCCUUUCAGGAGGAUAGAAGGAAACUUCUCCCAGCUCCCAGACAUAGACUGCCACAAGAACCCUCCUUUCCUCGUCCUGCUUGUGGCAUCCUCGUGCCAGCACCUGGAUGCCAGGAUGGCCAUCCGGCAGACCUGGGGCAAGGAGAGGACGGUCGCCGGGAAGCGCCUGGUGACGUAUUUCCUCCUGGGAAGCACUGUGGAUCCCAGCCAGCAGGCUGACAUCGCUGCUGAGGGCCAAAAGUACAGAGACAUCAUCCAAAAGAACUUCACGGACACUUAUUACAACCUGACUUUGAAGACCAUGAUGGGAAUGGAGUGGGUUCACAGGUUUUGUUCCCAGUCCAGCUUCGUGAUGAAAACCGACACAGACGUGUUUGUCAACGUUUUUUACCUCACUGAGCUGCUUCUGAGGAAGGAGAAGGCCACUGGGUUCUUCACAGGCUUUUUAAAACUGCAUGAGUACCCCAUAAGAAGAAGAGGGAGCAAGUGGUAUGUGAGUAGGGAAGAGUAUCCAGGAAAGACCUACCCACCCUUCUGUUCCGGGACUGGGUAUGUUUUAUCCAGUGAUGUUGCCACUCAGAUCUAUCAUGUUUCUGAGAGCGUUUCGUUCAUUAAGCUGGAGGAUGUGUUCAUAGGACUGUGCCUUGCCAAAUUAAAAAUUAGGCUGGAGGAGCUCCAUUCAGAGCAGACCUUUUUUCCAGAAAGGAUCAGGUUCUCCGUUUCCCGCUUCAAGAAAAUCGUGAUGUGCCACGAAGUGGAACCACCCGAGCAGCUGAGCUACUGGAACCACUUGGUGACAGAAAACCAUGGAGAGGUGCUCUAGCACCUUCCCUGCCAGAACUAACACACUGAAAUCCUUUGCUUUUACAGGGCUGCUCUUGACCCCAGCAAAACUCCCAAUUAACUCCAGGUCCAGCACGUUAGAGACUUUUUAAAUGGUUAUUUUAAUCAUAGAGUUAUUAAGGUUGGAAGAGACCUCCAAGAUCAUCAAGUCCCCCCUUGGACCUUAUGAACUAAACCAUUGUACUGAGUGCCACAUCCAGUCAUUCCUUGAACACCUCUAGAGAUGGGGACUCCAUCACGUCCCUGGGCAGCCCCUUCCAAGGCCUGACCACUCUUUCCAGGAAGAAAUUCUCAAUUUCUGCCCAAGAACAUGCAAAUCCCUUUCUCUCUCAUUCACUCCAUUGCAUCCCUUCUCUACACAAUUAUUAUUUUCUGGAAGAUCCAGGCCUGCAGCCCUGCCCUCCAAAUCCUGCUGCUAAAGGACUGGGAACGUUCCUGCAGUGAUAAACUGAAGUCAAAGCACUUUUUGUUCAGAGACUAAAAUUUGCACCAUCCUCCUGGUGGCCCCUGAUAGAUCCCUGCACCCAUCUGUGCAGGUAUUUAAGGAAUGGUAUUUGGAGCUGUCAGGAUGCUCCUCUCCUGGCAGAGGGAACCAACAGCCCUGCCCUUGCAGCGGGCUCUGUGUGGGCAGAGCUGCAUCCUGGCACAGAUCCCUCCUUCAGUCUCCACACAGGUUUUUUUUGCAGAGAUGGAAGAAUUUUCCCAUGCAAUGCUCUUGGGACGACCUUGGGGACUGCAGGUCACCUGGUGAACGUGUAAAGCUGCUUCAUCUGUUCCCUUGGAUGUGUCUCCUGCUGAAAAUACCUGUGGUGGAGCCAGUGGAGGGUGUCUUUGAUUAAAACAGACCCCAGAGACAUCUUUUAUAUUUCUGGCUCCCUUGGUUGCCUGAAAGCUUCUGUAAAUGGUUUCCCAAGGCUAAACUAGAGUCACUUAGGGUGAUUUAGACAUUUUUUUGCUGUGAGAAACUGGGCAUGUGAGGGAGAAGAUGGGAGGAUUUUUGUCUUUUAAACAAGACCCAGAGGGAUAAUGUGCUCAAGUGAUCCCUCAGGCUGGGAGCCCUGUUUCUCCUUUCAUUCCCAAGCAAAGAUCAUGAAAUCUCUGGGAUGUUUGUAGAUUCCAGAGGCAAAGAAUUGAGUCUUUACAGUAGAAGAUGCGAAAAAUACUUUUGGGCUGUGAGGAGGGAGAAAGGAGCUCCUAAAUCCUGCCUUAUGCUUCUCUUUUGAUUUUCUUUCUCACACAGGAAAGGUCAGUUUUAUCAGCAAAGAAGUAGCAAAUGCCUGUAAUAUGUGUGAAAUGUUUUUUUUUUUUUUUUCAGGGAGCAGUAAAAGUGGAGCUGUUCCCAAGGGGGAAAGUGGUCUGGGAGCUGAGGAGAUUUGACAACUAGAAAGGCUCAUCCCCACACGAGGGAGCAGGAGCAAAGACAGGGAAAGAGAUUUUAUUACUUUAUUUUUAUUGUUUCUUUUUAUUUUUAUGGGUGUUGGACUGUUCAGGUGUCUCUUUUUACUUGCCAGUGUCUGAAGAGCAGGACAAAUAUUUUCAGCAGGAAUAUGCCCCAAUCUGAAAAGUGUUUAGUAACAGUAAUAAUAUAUUAUUUAUUUUCUUCUGGUGUGGAGUAACCUGAGCUCAUGCACUGAUUUUUGACCACUGAUGAUGAAAAAAAUAUAUUUAUUUGUUUGGCAGAAGAAUAACCUUCUUCAUUUUAAUCUUCUUUAUUAAACUUUAACUAUUUUAUUAAAAUAAAUUAAAUAUUUAAACAGCUCAGUUUUAUUUAAAAUUCAGGUAUUUUCUGAAUACUUCUGCUGCUGGUGAGAUGGGUCAGGCUUUUUAAUGCCUGUUCUUUCCAUGUAACCUGCAGAAAUGCCUUUUGCCAUUCACUACCCUUGUGCCCAAGGUGCAGGCUGGCUAUUCCUUUAAUUUAUGGAACAAUGGUGAGCAAAAGGAAUGCUUCCUGGUCUUUCCUAACUCCCUGUCUUGUGGGAUGGAGGAUCUGUGAGCUGGGACAGCAUAAUCAGCCCGAUGUCAUCUUGGCCUCUUCUUGCUCUCAGAUAAUAAAAUAAUGAUAAAUAAUAAUAAUAAUAAUAUAAUAAUCCUGCAGUUGCUUGUAGGUCUCACUUCCAGCUCUGUGCCUGGUGCCAGCUUUGUCCCAGCUGGCAGGACCAGCCCAGCUGUGCAAUCCCAGGGAUCUUUGUCUCCAUUUGCAUUUGGGGGUGUUGAGCUGUUCACCUCCACGGGGUGUUGACAUCCAAGAGCUGUGGUGGCUCCUGCAGCUUCUGCUCUUCCCUCAGGCUGAGGCUGUGGGAGAGGAUAAAGUUUCCCUUCAGGAGACAGAAUGUUGGGUUGUUUCCCUGGACUGUGGCUGCUUGUGAGUGGCACUAAGAUAUGUCCCACCCGAGCAGUUUGGGGCUUUGUAUCAGCUUAAAAAAAGUUACCCCUGAGGGCCAAGUUCUGCUUGACCUCUUGGCUGUGGCUUUUACUUUAGUUCAGGAGUGUUCCCAAUUACUUGGAUACAGCCACUAACUGGGAAGAUGGUGCUAUUCUCUCUUAAUCACUUCUGCAGACUCUACCACUACAUCUUUGGGGUUAAAUUCAAGUGCAAGAUGUCCCUGCCCACAGCAGGGGGCUGGAAGUAGGUGAUUUUUAUGGUCCCUUCCAACCCAAACCGUUCUGUGAUUCUAUGAAAUUCAGCUGAGGAAUAAGGUCCUCAGGAAUGGUCUAAGAAACCAUCCCAUUCUGGAUCCUGUUUCCAGGGAGUCUGUUUGUCAUUUCAAGUGACUUGUGCAAGAUGCCUCUGUUGCUGCCUUCCAAAUACUUUGUCCCCAAUGAUUAUAUGUGGCUAAGCCUCUGAUGGCCUAUCCAUAAGCAUUUUGCUUAAAUCUCUGCUGGGGAGCAAAUGAGUUCAGGUUGAAAUGUUAUGGAUUCAGGGGAGCCUGUUCCUCUCCUUGCUAAGCAGCUUCCCAGCUGAAUUUGGUUGAGAACUGGCUGGUUCAGAACUGAUUUUGGUUGCUGCACAUAAUUUUUCUCCACGUCUGAUUUUCUCUGUGCUCACAUCAAUUAAAAAUUGAUUCUGUAAUUCGUAGAAUCAUAGAAUUGUUUAGGUUGGAAAAGAUUUCCAAGAUCAUCCAGUCCAACCAUCAACCCAAGACUGCCAGGUCCACCCCUAAACCAUGUCCCUUAGCACCACAUCUACACUUUUUUUUGAACACCUCCAGGGGCAAUGAUUCCACCACUUCCUUGGGCAGCCUGUUCCAGGCCUUCUUGUGAAGAAUUUUCCACACCCUUCUUGUGAAGAAUUUUUUCCUAAAGUCCAAGCUAAACCUCCCCUGGUGCAACUUGAGGCCGUUUCCUCUUGUCCUGUCACUUGUUACCUGGGAGAAAAGACCAAUCCCCACCUUGUCACAGCCCCCUGAGCCUCUUUUUCUCCAGAGUAAACCCCCCCAGCUCUCUGGGUUGCUUUAAAUAAGACUAUGUUAAAUUAACAACAAUUAGACCUGUUGGAAAAGGUGAUUUAAGAAAAGUAAAUGAUUGCAUGUAAGGCAAAUUCAUUUAUUUAAACAAAACCACUGAGCUAGUGACUUUAUGAAAUUAGCUUUUGCAGCUUAGGCCUCAGAUCAUGAAUUUUAACACAAUCAAAAAAGUAUUAGUGGCCUUUUGCUAAAUUUUAUGUAUUUUCCUAUGAAAUACCAUCACAAAGUGAACAGAAAUAUAACUAGAACUGUAAACAUGAUACUGCAGUGUACAUAGGCUUGUUUUUUUAAAUUUUGUAUGGGCUAAUAAAAGAAUUUAGGCUAUCUGGGGGCAGUUUGUCUGUGAAAGCAGAGCCCUCCCCUAACAUUUUUGUGCUUUCUGGGUCAGAAGAUCAUUACAUCAUUUUUUUAUGAAUAGCUAUGAAAAGGUCAGCUAAAAGUUACUCCAUUGCUUCUCAUUUAAAUGGGGAGGAGUGAAGAAUAACAGAGCUGACACAGAGUUGGUUAAAAUUGUGUAUCUCAACACACUCUAUUUCUUCCAAGAUCAUUUUUUGAAUACAGAAAAAUUAAUGUUUGAUUGUGGUUUUUUUCCCCACAACUUUCAUCAACCAACAUAUUCUUAGUUUAGAGUAGCAUUGUCCAAAAUGUGCAGGAAGGAUUUGGUCUCUCAGCUCCUCUGGUUCAGCCUUACCCUGGAGGUACAGCCCUGCCAGGCACUUCUGGGAACACAGGGGAGAUUUUUGUAAUGAAACUUUUGCCUUCUGUCAGAGCUGAACAGAACCCAAGGGCUGCACUGGAUCUGCCAGGAAUGCUGCUCCUCUUGGAUUUGUGCAGGUCACUGUGUGAUGUUGACGUAAAACGUGUGAGAAUGUUUUCAUUAUUGGCAUAGAAGAUGGGAAUGUUGAGAUAUUCCAUGAAUGAUAUUUUAGUAAAGUAUUUUGUUACCACA